AUGCCACCCCGCACCCAGGUGGUGAUCCGGCCGAUCCCAGCCACUUCGACGUCCCUUUUGCGGCACACGGUACUCUGGCCGUCGAUCCCACUAGCGGCUCAGCUCCUCCCAUACGAUCACGAACCCACUACGGCUCAUCUAGGCGCCUUUCUCCCUGUACCCCCGGCAAAUUUCGGUCUUCACGACGUGCCCAACGACUACUCUCCCGGCGCCCUCGACCCACAACCCGUCGGCUGCCUCACCGUCGUGUUUGAGGAAUAUCUCGGCGCCCUCCCAAACGACAUCAAGGCCAGGGGACCGAUCCGGCAGCAGGUGCAGCUGCACAAAUUUGCCGUGCUCCAGCAACUGCAAGGUCAGCGUAUUGGCCGUCGCCUGAUCGAACGCGCUCUCGCCGACCUGGCCUCGCUCGACGCCGGCAGGAUCCUCUUCCAUUUCGACGCCCGUCUCGACCAAAUAGGUUUCUACGAGCGUCUGGGAAUGCGCAUCCUCGACCCACGCGUGUUCAUUAAAUACGGGCCGACCGGCGACGGCCCCCCCAUCGAGCAUAUACGCAUGGGCAAGAUCAUCGAUUAG